AUGGCUCGCUCGGCGCCGAAAAGAAAGAAUCCAUCAGAUGUUGAGGUGUCUGAUGACGAAUUUGACGGCCAUCUCGAGGGCGUCUUGUCCCAGAGCGAAGACGAAGACGGCGACUUCGAGUCGGAUGGUGAACCAGAACUCGACGAUGGAUCGAGCGACGAUCUGCCCGAGGACCCCGACGAGGAGGAUGAUGACGACGAAGACCCCAAGGAGAAUGGCGAGGAUAACAAUGAGCGGCCGUGCAGAGUUGUGACAGAUGCAAACGGCGGCGUGCGCUACGAGUACGAAGAGAUUGACCCCGUCUAUGAUAGCGACGACAGUGAUGCACAAGGCCCUGUCAACACGAUUGGCAAUAUUCCGCUGUCUUUUUACGACUCCUACCCUCAUAUCGGAUAUGACAUCAAUGGCAAGAAAAUCCAGCGCCCUGCGACCGGCGAGGCACUGGAUGCCCUUCUCGACAGCAUCGAGCUGCCCAAGGGCUGGACUGGCCUGACGGACCCGGAAACUGGCAAGCCUCUGAACCUGAGCCAGGACGAGCUCGAGCUCCUCCGGAAGCUGCAGAUGAACGAGGUGCCAGAGGAAGGAUACGAUCCUUAUCCGGACAUGGUGCCUUACUUUACCAGCAUCGAGGAAAAGAUGCCGUUGAGCGCGGCACCAGAACCUAAGAGACGAUUCGUCCCAUCCAAGCACGAGGCCAAGCGUGUCGCCCAGCUGGUGCGUGCCAUCAAGGAGGGCAAGAUUCUGCCCUACAGGCCCCCGGAGGAAAAGGACAGCGCCGAGGAGGAGGCGGAGACCUACUACGACAUCUGGGCCAACGAGGAGCCCCAGGACAGAGGCGUCAUGCACAUUCCGGCGCCCAAGCUGGCACCGCCCGGAUACGACCUCAGCUACAACCCGCCGCCCGAGUACCUGCCGAACAGCGACGAGAAGCGCGCCUGGGAGGAUCAGGACCCGGAGGAGAGAGAAAAGGAAUACCUGCCCCAAAAGUACGACGCCCUCCGACGUGUACCUGGAUACGGCGAGUUUGUCAAGGAGCGAUUCGAACGCUGCCUGGAUCUCUACCUGGCGCCCCGCGUCCGCAAGAACAGACUCAACAUCGACCCCAGCUCCCUGCUGCCCAAGCUGCCUCGCCCCGAGGAGCUCAAGCCUUUCCCUUCGCUGUGCCAGACCAUCUUCCGAGGCCACGACGGCCGCGUGCGUACUGUGGCUUUCAGCCCCGACGGCGAUUGGAUUGCCUCUGGUGGCGAUGACGGUACAGUCCGCGUCUGGGCCCUAAACGGCCACCAGGAAUGGUCUGCCAAGCUGAGCUCCGAAGAGCCCGUCCAGGUCGUCCGAUGGCGCCCGGUCAAGGACACCUUUAUCCUCGCCGCAGCUGCGGGCGAGGACCUGUUCCUUGCCUGCCCGCCGCUGGCCAGCGAUGCUGUCGAAAAGGCCAGCCGAGAUGUGCUGGACGCUGGUUUUGGCUACGCCGCUGGCGGCUCCCACCAAAACUCUGCCGCCGUCAAGAAGGAGGGACCGGCCAAGUGGGCGCGACCCGGAUCGAAGCUGGAGAGUGUCGGUGUUCUGCUCAAGGCCACAGUGCGCUCCGUGAUCAAGACCAUCGACUGGCACAGACGCGGCGAUUUCCUGUGCACCGUCUCCCCGACCGGGCAGCGCAGCUCCGUCGCCAUCCACACCCUAUCCAAGCACCUCAGCCAAAUCCCUUUCCGUCGCCUGCCCGGCCUGGCGCAGACGGCCCAUUUCCAUCCUUCGCGCCCUCUGUUUUUCGUGGCCACGCAGCGCAUGAUUCGCUGCUACGACCUGCAGAGACAGGAGCUCGUCAAGGUGGUGCAACCUGGGGCGCGCUGGAUCUCGUCUUUCGAUAUCCACCCGGGCGGCGACAACUUGAUUGUUGGUUCUUACGACCGCCGUCUGCUGUGGCAUGAUAUGGACCUCUCUAGUAGGCCGUACAAGACGAUGCGAUUCCACGCCGAGGCCAUCCGUGCCGUCAAGUAUCACCGCUCGCUGCCUCUCUUUGCUGAUGCCAGCGACGACGGCUCUCUGCAAAUCUUCCACGGCAAAGUGGUGAGCGACCUCAUGGAGAACGCCACGAUUGUUCCAGUCAAGAUGCUCAAGGGCCACCGCGUCGUCAGCAAGCUCGGUGUCAUGGACGUCGACUGGCAUCCCAAGCACCCUUGGUGCAUCAGCGCCGGCGCCGACGGUACCUGUAGACUAUGGGCGUAA